GCAUGAAGUUGUUGUUUAGCCGUGUCCGAAGUACGCAUGCGUAUUCCAUCUGGAGUCGAACAAGCCUGCCUGAUUAAAAUUAUAAACAUAGUGGGGGAAUGCGCAUGCGCGUUCAGAUCUCUCUCUCAGCCUACAGGUCCCCUGGCUGGCUAGGUGGCUGGCUCCCUGCCUGGCGUCCCACCUCCAUGUCCCACCUCAAGAAUGUGGAAGCUCGGAUCCUGCAGUGCCUCCAGAACCGAUUCGUGGCCCGUUACGUCUCCCUCCCGAACCAGGCCAAGAUCUGGACAGUGUCCCUCUCGCCAGAACGGCGCAAGGGCCACACGCCGUUGGUCAUGGUGCAUGGCUUCGGCGGAGGCGUCGGGCUCUGGAUCCUUAACCUUGACCCGCUGAGCAAAUAUCGCCCUCUCUAUGCCUUUGACCUCCUCGGCUUUGGCCGCAGCUCCCGGCCCCCGUUUCCUCGCGACCCUCAAGGGGCCGAAGAAGAAUUUGUGAACUCCAUCGAGGCCUGGCGUCAAGAAAUGGGCAUUCCCAGCAUGAUCCUGCUGGGCCACAGCCUUGGAGGCUUCCUGGCAGCGUCCUACAGCUUGCAGUACCCAGACAGGGUGAAACAUCUGAUCCUUGUGGAUCCCUGGGGCUUUCCUACACGGCCGACCGACCCAGCUCAAACCCCUAACCCUCCAACUUGGGUGAAGGCUGUGGCGACGGUGCUGGGGCGAUCAAAUCCGCUGGCGGUGCUCCGUGCGGCCGGACCCUGGGGCCCUGGGCUGGUUCAACGCUUCCGUCCAGACUUCAAAAAAAAGUUUGCGGACUUCUUUGACGACGAUACCAUCUCGGAAUACAUCUACCACUGCAAUGCUCAGACGCCCAGGGCAAUUCCAGGCGCCUCCCACCACGUCUACGCCGACCAGCCCCACGCCUUUAACACCGCUGUGGAACAGAUCUGCGACGCCAUUGACUGAUUGCACCCGGUGCAAUCAUGAGAAAGAAGCUUUCCGUUUCCGCAGCCAGACCACCCACCCGGUCGCUGGGACACGCACACGACAACCGCUCACGGGCCCUGAGGAGUGGAGUCACCACUCUGUGCUGGGUUGCUUGCAGCUCGGUCCCCCUCAUCCCUACUUUACUUACCUCUGAAACUUUUAUUCUCUGUAAAGGUUGCAGGCCACCUGCGUUGGGUUAAUCUAGGCUGGAAUGGCUCUUUAUUUUCCACCUAUUUCCUUUACCACCUUCAUUGCUUCAUCAUAUCUCUUGCUACACUUAAAUCUGUCCUUCAACUUUCCAUCUCUCUAGUCCUAUCUCUGUCCACUCCCCCGCCCCAUUUUCCUCCCUUGUGUUCCCCUCAUCUUUCCCCUCCACCUGCCAUUUUCUUGACCAUUACUUUGCUCCACUUUUUUUUUGGCUUAUUAUAUUCCCACUAUAUUUUAGGCUACAGAAAACCACCUUCGGUUUCUAUUGGUACCCAAGCUUCAUGACACGGAUGCCAGAGUGUCGCACUACACCUGGCGUAUCUCAAAGGCUUUGUUCGUUUCCUUCUCUUUAACUUCUCAUAGUAACUUCUCAGAUAUCUGCUGCCAGAGGGAUGAUGGAGCAAAUGCUUUGUGUGCUUGCUAGUUGGAGAAGCCAUACAGAAUCAAGGCAUGGGCGCGAUAAGAGUCUUGGCUACUCUGAACUGUUUUGGGGUGCUCUAGGACACUAGCCUUCACAUUUGAGGUCACUCUCCUCAGGAGGAUGACAGAAAUCUCAAAUGAUUAAUUCUCAUUGGGCUUCUGAGGGAAGGAUAAGGCUAACACGAAGUCCCAACCUCCAGUUUUCACCUGGGGUGAAGAGAACAUGAAGGUCAGUCGUUCAGGUGUAGCGUGGGGGUCCACCAUGUCACUGCUAUGAUGAUGGAGGAUCAGCUGUCUCUACUGACAGGAUGGUCCUUAGAAAGCCAGCUAAACAAUGAAUCUCCUGGCCCUGGAGAGAGAGAGAGAGAAGCAUGCCUACUAAGAGUCCAACGUCUUUCAUGAGGUACAGGAUUGGCCAGGAUCCGAAUGGCUUCUAGCCAUCAGCCACAACCAUUUAUGUCAUUUUAAAAUUAUAAAAGAGGACCCCUGUAGUCUUUUGAAGUGGCCUUUGGUGUAGGAAAUCUGUAUUUCAAACACACGCACACGGUGUGGCACAGUUCCUUGCACUGUGUGUUGUUCACAUGUUCUGUUUCACUUCAAGAUCUGCAUUGCGAUGGGUCUCGAAAUGCGCCCAUGACUUCCUGGUGUGGAGCAGGCAAAGAAAACCGGCGUACAGCUCCUAGGGAAAUCCGUUGUGUCACGUGCUCCAUCUAGCGGUAACAAAAUGCAGUGGAGGUUGUAGUGGAUGCAGGCUGUGUCUUCCUAUCCCAUAACAGAAAAGUCAAUUCUGGGUGGGGAAUUGAAUUCCAUAGCCAUGGGAUUCUUGGAUUUGUACUU